AUGACGGAAACAUUCCAGAAAAUAGAAAAAAUAGGAGAAGGGACUUACGGAGUUGUCUACAAGGCGAAGGAAAAAACCACAGGAAAGAUAAUAGCGCUGAAAAAGGUGCGGCUAAGCGACGACAGAGAAGGCGUUCCUUCCACCACCAUAAGAGAAAUAUCUCUGCUGAAAGAUAUAAAGCACCCGAACAUAAUUGCCCUGCACCAAGUGGUCUACACGGAGAACAAACUCUACCUUGUCUUCGAAUACGCUGAAACAGACUUGAAAAAGUACCUUGAUUCGCUCAGAAAAGACAAGAAAAGCCUGUCAAAAAAUCAAAUAAAAGCAUUCUCCCAUCAGCUGACAUCUGCUCUUGCGUACUGCCACUCUGUGGGGGUGCUGCACAGGGAUCUGAAGCCCCAGAACAUUCUUAUCACAAAAAACAACCAGAUCAAACUAGCUGACUUUGGGCUGGGAAGAAGCAUAGGAAUACCUCUGCACACCUUAACCAACGAAGUCGUAACUCUCUGGUACAGAGCCCCAGAGCUGCUACUCGGAGUCAAGAACUAUUCAAUGGCAGUGGAUGUCUGGUCUCUGGGCUGUAUUAUUUCUGAAUUUGCGCUCUUGAAGCCGCUUUUCCCAGGUGACUCUGAAAUAGACCAGAUCUACAAGAUAUUCCAGACACUGGGCACGCCUAACGAACAAGUGUGGUCGGGCGUGACUGCGCUGAAGAACUUCCAACCUGAAUUUCCUCUUUGGAAAAAAACAGGAGUGGAUCUGCCAGGGUACAAAGAGUGCCAGUCUCUUGUAAAUGAUAUUCUUGUCUAUAAUCCAUUGGACAGGCCAUCUGCCAAAGGGCUGCUGUCUCAUCCAUACUUCAGCACUGAAUAA